ACCAAUGAGACGCACUUCACUGAUGUGUGGCGAGGGGACUGAAGGAAGGAAAGACAAAACGCGCAGAGGGUCCAGACUAGAGGACCACUCUGCGAUCCACAAGAGUUGUUGUUUCCACCCCCACGCACUAUUGUUUGCACAAGUACAGUUUAAUGAUUCUGCGCACUCCAGCGGUACUUUGGAGAGGAGAUCCGCAACAGGGACCCGCUGAUCUGGAGACAAGCAGCAGCAGAAACCCCUCUGCUUUCUUUUGGAGAACCUUUGGAGUGUUUCCUCCUGGCCGAGUUUCUGCUUGAGUCCACCGCCUCUAGUCAUGUACGGAUAGUGGACGGGCCGCUCAGGAAUCCGGCUCAGAUGGAUCGGCUCUGACGGGGUUUAUGGAGCCGGGAUUACUCAGCGCUGUGCCAGCCAGUUGAACGCGCCCACACACGGGCCCAUCACACACCAUCUGCCUCGGAAUAACUCGCCAGCUUGGACACAACCUAUGGAAGCGGGGCGCAACUUUUACUUAUGACACUGCUCUAAAUUGCGCCGUUUCUCGCAGCCGCAGCGAUGGCGAACUCUCGCGCUUUGCAGACCGUCUGCAGAUCAGUUUGGCCUCUGGGCUGCGCGCUUCUGAUCUUCGGCUACUUGUGCGUGGCUACCCCGCCUCACGGUCGGCGGCUGGUCUGCUGGCAAGCCAUCAUGAUCUGUCACCAGGAACCCAGCUGCAAUUACGCGUACGAGCACUACAGCCGCGCGUGUGGCUCGGUUCUGAGCGGACAGAGAAGAAAGUGCCCGAGCCACUGCAUCUCCUCUCUGGUCCAGCUGAACCUGACCAAAAGCGGCCCGGCUCUGGAGGACUGCAGCUGCGGCCACGACUCGCUGUGCCAGAGCACCAAACGGGCCAUCGAGCCGUGCCUGCCCAGGACUACCAGCACGGGCUGCACGGAAGCCCGGCUCCAGUGCGAGCGGGACCGGGAGUGCAGCUCCGCCAUGCAAGACUAUUUGCACCACUGCGGGAAACUUUUCAGCGGGGCGACGUGCAGCAACGCCUGCAGGAAUGUGAUCGCGAAGAUGCGUAAACACCCCAAAGGCCAGAAGCUGGAUAGCUGCGUGUGUGACGGGCCCGAGAGGAACAUUUGUGAGUUUGUCAAGAGUAGCAUGAGAGCGCUGUGCUUCGAUGACCCGGACCCGGACUAUGAACAGAGCGGUUCUGAUGACGGUUCCGAUGAGGAGAGGGACGACUGGGAGAAGGGCGGUCCGGAGGAGCUGGGCAACGGAGCCUCUAUCACCGCAGCCGCCUGCGCUCGGACCCUCCUGGCAUCCAUCUUGGCUCUACUAGCCCUCUUUUAAUCCCUGCCUUCUUAAAUCUGCCCCCUCCACUGAUGUCCGAAUCAAAGGCAAUCUAAACUUUUGUCACUCAGUGACCUGAUGCCAUUGUGCGCCUCGAGGACUAAAGGAAAAGUGUGUUUAGCGCAUUCGGGCCUUAAUGAAACCAUUUUUCCUUAAACAAAAGAAGACAAAAGACAAUAAAUCAGGAGGAAAUUUCUAUGCAAAUAAAACCAGAACGAUGUAAAUGAUCUUAUCAAACCCCCACAGCUCUGCAGGCGUGAUGCUUAUGAGAAAAACUAAAUUAUUUCUCACACACUUGGUUUAAUCAACAUAAUUAGCUGUGCACUGCCAGUUUUGUGAAAUUCUUUAAAAGUAUUUUUGUAAAAUGAACAGUUUGCAUCUGAUUUACAAGUAUUUGUAAAUAGGAGUUAAAGUGAAACAGUAAUUUAUUACAUGGCUCCUUGUUGCAUCCAGUAUUGCCAUCAUGUAAAUAAAAGAUGGGAAUUCCAGCUUUAAAGGGAACUUAUUCCGACAGAAGUCACGUGUACAUUCACUGUAAAUAUAUGUCUAUAUGUGUUUUUUCAUCAGAGAAUUCUCUAUGUUUUAGGCUAUGAGAUGAUUUAUUCACGAUGUAAAUCUAGAUUAAAAUGUCUAAAUCCACUGUAAACGGCCUCGAUGAUACCCAUUUUACAGGAGGCAUAAAAAGGAAACUUGAAGGUGAAAUCUGUGACUCGUUUGUUGAUUUGUGCCGCAUUACGUUGCUGACGGUGUCAGAUCCAAAUCAGAGUUGUCAAAUUAAUUAUAUUUAGGACACUUUUUUGUUGCUGGGCUUCAGUAAAGAAAAGCAAAACUCUCAUUUGCUUCAAUAAGCAGGAUAAUAAAUCUUGACUGGUUGUUAUAAGCUCUGGCGCGACAGAGUGAGGGGAGAUGUGUGAUGGUGGAAAAUCCAGAUUUAAUUUCAUCUCUGAGUUGCAUCAGUGUGGAAGCUGGAGUGGAGAACAGGGUUUUUAUUUUCCAAAUGCUCGACGGUCGCUUUGUGAAUCAUGUUUAAAGGUAAAAGAAGCAGCUUUAUAUGCAUUGACGACUGUUGAGUUUACUCAGCUAGUUAACUGUGUUUAAAUAAAAAUAAAACUAAACAGCCGUGUGAAA